AUGUCCAGCCUAUUAUUCUCCACCUUUGAAGUGACCAAACAAGCAUUCUACCGCAACCCACUCACAUAUGCCAUCGUGAAUCUCAAGCCAAUCAUGUACUCGUCAUUCCGGCACGUCCGGUUCAACGGCUCUCAGAGCUCAACGCGAAGGAGCUCGCUCGUUGAUGUACUCCGUAACCACGUUGGCAAGGUGAUCCAGAAAGCAUACGCGGCGGACGGAUUGACCAUCGCCUGCCAGGAUGGCAAAGCUGCAGGCCAGACGGUGCCGCAUGUCCACUUCCACCUCCUGCCCCGCCGACUGCUCGGCGACCGUUUUGCCAACAACGACGACAUCUAUCCCGCCGUCGAGAAGGCCGAAGGAGGUCUGUCGGAAGAAGUCCAAGCAGUCCAAGCAGCAGAGCCACUGAAGGUCGAUGCGGACGAGGAUCGCAAGCCGCGGACCACAGAGGAGAUGGAGAGGGAAGCUGAGUGGCUGCGAGAAGUGUUCGCAAAGUACAAAGACGAGGAGCUACAGGUGGACUAG